AUUUAGACGAGUGCAAAGGAGCAAACCACGGCUGUCCUUCAACACAAGGAGUGCUUCACUGUGCCAACAGCCAAGGAAGCUAUAAAUGCAAAUGUAAGMCAGGAUUCUCCCCUGUAAGCUUCCCACCGAAUUUAACAUGCCAAGAAUUAACAAAAGAGGUGCUAGUCAACGAUAGAAAUAUUUGUGUUGGAACAAAAGAUGAUCAAUUUGGAGAAUUCCAAAUUCCUCAAACAGGCGUUAUUGUAACCUUCAAGCUCAUUUAUAAAUCUGGUGGAGUUAGCAAUUUAAAUUCAAACUCGACGAAGGACAACUGGGGAACAAAUCUUGGUAAAAGAGAUAUAUUCCAGAUUUUUGUGACACUUGUUAAUGGAACUAGGGUUGCACCUCCUAAUGAUUACAAAAAAUGGGUUAGGAAGAUGACUGCAUAUAAAAUCGAUAACCAGUAUAACAAUGAUGCAGAAAUACGAUUGCCAGACACAUCAACUCCAAGGUAUGCCUAUAAUGGUGGCACCAAAUUUCGGAUCUGGUUUGGGGAGGAUUUGAUCGGUGGGCAAAAUGAAAUGGAUAAUGUUGGUGAAACAUGCAUGGACAUCAAAGUUAUUUAUCGAGAUAUGUAAGCAGACAUUCUUCACAGUU